GAGGCUUUUAUGUGAGAUGGCCAGAAAACCUGCCUGCUAGCAGCCGCGGUCGAAUACAUUUUCUUCUUUUUCAUAUUUCUAAAGAACCAAUUCAGUGACGGAGUGGAAUUGAUGACUUUCGUUUCGUUCACCUAACAACGACCUACUGUGUUUAACACACACUUGAGAUUAUUUAUUUGGAAUUAACUUCGCCUAUCCACACAAGAAAUCAAAUCAAUGGAAUAAAUAUGGGAGCUACACUUCUGCACACCUUUGAGCAGCAGUAUGAUGCAGGCAGGAGUCUGUCUGAGACAGGACACUGAGACAACACUACCAGAGCUCACUGAGCAGCACAGGAUCAGACUGAAAGAAGAGGAACUCAGUGGACUGGAGUCUGUGCACAUGGCAGAGUCAGAGACUGAGUGUACUACACCAGGACUCAACACACUGGAGCCAGAGUGUGUUACAGCACACAGUGGGGUCAGUGCUGUACACCACACUGACUCACCAUUGAUAAAAACAGAAACUGACCUGGGUCUCACCAACACUGGGGAUCUUAUUAAGACAGAGAGCCUAGACUUCACAGAGCUGGUAUGUAGAACCCAUCUGCAUCCUGACCAAAUCAAAACAGAAACUGACACACACACUGGGUAUCUUAAGACAGAGAACCUAGAAGUUACAGAGCUGGCAUAUGGAAUCCAUCUGCAUCCUGACCAAAUCGAAACAGAAACUGAUGAUGGAGGCUACAUCAAGGCUGAACACAUCAGUGUGCUGCAGGACAUUAAAUGUGAUGAUAUUACAUCUGAUGAAGUGAACACUGUGCUUAAUGGAGCUGGUGUUGUUCACAAAGACCAGACUGAACCAUGGCAGUGUGCAGGAGAGCCAAAUCCACACUCCAGGAAACCAGGGAAAGAACAGGACCGUUCCACCCAGCAUGUGAGAUGCCUUAAUGAGCCAUCAGAGUUAAUCCAAGACAAGGGAAACCAUAAUUGUGAAAAGCUCCACCAAUGCUCCCUUUGUGGGAAGUGUUUUCUUCAUGAAUCUAAUUUAACUAAGCACCAGAGAAUUCAUACAGGUGAAAAGCUUUACAAGUGUCAUCAGUGUGGGAAGUGUUUUUCAGCUAAAUCUUUUUUAUUCGAACAUCAGAGAAUCCAUCCUGGUGAAAAGCCCUUCAAAUGUACGGAGUGUGGGAAGUGUUUUUCAACAAAAUCUUAUUUUAGCCAACAUCAGAGAAUUCAUACUGGUGAAAAGCUCUUCAAAUGUACGGAGUGUGGGAAGUGUUUUUCAACGAAAACUUAUAUAAGCCUACAUCAGAGAAUUCAUACUGGUGAAAAGCCCUACAAAUGUAUACAGUGUGGGAUGUGCUUUUUAGAAAAAUGUGGUUUAAGGAGACAUCAGGCACAUCAUACCGGUGAAAAGCCCUUCACAUGUACGCAGUGUGGGAAGUGUUUUUCAACGAAAUCUUAUUUAUGCCGACAUCAGAGAAUCCAUACUGGUGAAAAGCCCUUCAAAUGUACGGAGUGUGGAAAGUGUUUUUCAACGAAAUCUUAUUUUAGCCAACAUCAGAGAAUUCAUACUGGUGAAAAGCCCUACACAUGUACGGCGUGUGGGAAGUGUUUUUCAGAUCAAUCAGGUUUCAGAGUCCAUCAGAGAACUCAUACUGGUGAAAAGCCCUUCAAAUGUAUACAGUGUGGGAAGUGCUUUUCAACGAAGUCUUAUUUAUGCCAACAUCAGAGAAUCCAUACUGGUGAAAAGCCCUUCAAAUGUACGGAGUGUGGGAAGUGUUUUUCAACGAAAUCUUAUUUUAGCCAACAUCAGAGAAUUCAUACUGGUGAAAAGCUCUACCCAUGCACUCAGUGUGGGAAUUGUUUUUCAACUCAAUCAUGUUUGAGAAAACAUCUGAGAAUUCAUACUGCUGAAAAGCCCCACCAAUGCUCUCAAUGCAAGAAGUGUUUUUCAGCUAAAUCCCAUUUAAGCCACCAUCAGAGAAUUCAUACAGGUAAAAAGUCCUACACAUGUUAUCAGUGUGGCAAGUGCUUUUUAAGGAACAGUGAAUUAAACAGCCAUCACAGAAUUCAUACAGGUGAAAAGCCAUACAAAUGUACUCACUGUGAAAAGUGUUUUUCAGAUCAAUCUGGUUUAAUAAGACAUCGGAGAAUUCAUACUGGUGAAAAGCCCUCCACAUGUCACAAGUAGACAUCAGGCAGGUCAUACCGGUGAAAAGCCCCACCAAUGCUCUCAAUGCGGGAAGUGUUUUUCAGCUAAAUAUCAUUUAAGCAUCCAUCAGAGAAUUCAUACUGGUGAAAAGCCAUACAAAUGUACUCAGUGUGAGAAGUGUUUUUCAAAAAUAACUACUUUAGUAAUACAUCAGAGAAUUCAUACAGGUAAAAAGCCUGACGCAUAUGAUCAGUGUGGGAAGUGUUUAUUAAGGAAAUGUAAUUCAAGCUAACAUCAGAAAAUUCAUACAGGUGAAAAGCCUUCCACAUGUACUAAGUGUGGGAAGUGUUUCACAUGUACAUCUAAUUUAAG